AUGAGUGCUAAAGACAUUGGAUCGGAACCAAAGGAUGAGGCCACAAUGGUCGAGGAGCCUGUCCAUCAGGACUACAACCUGCUCCUGAAGCAGUCCUUGAAGAGCCGUCACCUGCAGAUGAUGGCGAUAGGUGGUGUCAUCGGGCCUGGUUACUUUGUAGGCUUGGGAAAUGGCUUCCACACUGGCGGUCCUGCUGGGCUGCUGCUCGGAUUCGGCAUAGUCGGGGCAUUGUUGUGGGCUGUGAUGCAGUCUCUUGGCGAGAUGGCCAGCUACCUCGCCGUGUCAGGAGCCUUUACCGACUACGCCGGCCGAUUACUCGACCCAGCCAUCGGAUUCAGCCUCGGUUGGAAUUAUUGUUUCCUGUGGUUCGGCAUUAUCGCCAACGAGUACAACAAUCUGGGCCUGAUAUUGACCUACUGGCCCUCAAAAAUGCCCAAUUAUGGCUUCAUUCUCGUCUUCUGGGUCGUUUUUCUGCUCUUUGCCUAUCUGGGUGUUCUCGCAUUUGGCGAAGCAGAAUUCUUCAUCACAGCGACCAAAUUGAUUUUCAUUCUGGCCUUCUUUCUAUGCGCGAUUCUCAUUUCCUCUGGAGCGAUUGGGACUCAAGGACCCGUUGGUUUCAGGUACUAUCACGACCCUGGAGCAUUUGUAGACGGUGUAGAAGGGGUAUUCAAGAUUUUCGUCUUUGCUGCUUUGUUGUACAGCGGGACAGAGAUGAUCGGGCUGACUGCUGGAGAAAGCGCAAACCCCGCUCGUGAUGUACCCAAGGCAAUAAAGUUGGUAUUCUGGCGGGUACUCAUCCUGUACAUUGGCGGCAUCUUCUUCCUCUCAAUUUGUAUUCCUUCUAACGCAGAGGGGCUGCUGCACGCUUCAUCAAAGACUGCGUCUAGUCCCUUUGUGAUUGCAUUUACGAGGGCAGGGAUGGGUGCGGGUGGCGAUGUGGUCAACGCUUUCAUUAUUGUGACGAUUGUUUCUGCUAUCAAUGGGGGCCUCUACGUGUCCAGUCGAUGCGUCACCGCUCUUGCGCGGGCUGGGGCAGCCCCCAAGUUCCUCGGCCACAUCAAUAAGAGGGGUGUGCCGUAUGCCGCACUCGCAUUUUGCAAUCUGUUCGGGCUGCUGUCGCUUCUCAACCUAAGUUCAAGCGCCGGAGAGGUGUUCACGUGGCUCGUGACCAUCACCGGGGUAGCCACUUUCAUAACUUGGGGAUGCAUCUCACUCUGUCACAUUCGAUUUCGCAAGGCUCUGAAGUUGCAGGGGAUCCCAAUCGAGGAUCUUCCAUUCAGGGCCCCCCUGUAUCCAUAUGGCGCAUGGUUUGGUAUGCUAGGCAGCUUCUUCUUUGUGUUCUUCCAAGGCUGGACGGCAUUCCUGUCCCCCUUCAGUGUCGCAACAUUCUUUCAAAACUACAUGAUGAUACCUGUGUUCUUCAUCAUGUGGGCAGGUUACAAGUUUUGGAAUAAGACCAAAUGGGUUGACCUGGCGGAAGCUGAUCUUGUCACUGGUCGCAGAAUGCCCACCGGUGACUCUGUCAGUCUCAGCGCAAAAAAGGGCAUCUGGACAAGGAUCUCGGAUACUAUUGUUGGAUAG